UGAUGUCAUUCCAUGUCCUGUGUUUUUGCGGAAGGGUUUGCAGCUGUUGGUCGCUAGCUUCUACACCAAGUUCAUAAUUUCUGGAUAGGACCAAAAUACUUAAAAGUAGGUUUACUACACACUGCUUUUAACGUUGUCUUGUUUCAAAGUUGAUUGGUACGUGAAUAGCGUGAUUGGAGCAUGUCCUUCACAAUGCAUUCAGCAUCAGGACACUUGGCUCCAGAUUCUCCCGCUUUGGGUGUGACAGUGUCGGGGAAUGUACAGAAGUAUAGCAACAAAAAGAAGAAGAUUCUCACUGCAGAGGAGUGUGAACUUUUUGAGCUAACCCAGGCUUCGGGGAUUAUCUUAGACCAGGAGGUCUUCAAGAUCAUUUUGGACUUGUUGAAGAUGAAUGUUGCUCCACUGGCUGUCUUCCAGACGUUGAAGGCCAUGUGUGUGGGCCAACAGAUCACCGAGAACGCAACUGGAGAUGUCUCCACAGCUUCACAGGCUUCACAGCCUCACACUCACACAGAGCCACGAGUGCGUACGAAGGCUCACACGGAGAAAGCAGCUAGAGAUGUUGCCAGCCAAAGGGGACCACGCCAAUCUAGCAUCAGUCGGGGACUGAAGAAUACUACCAAAAGCCCUGGAAGUAACUCCUCUUAACACGUUGUGGCGAUAGAGGAGUCAUCCUCUGCGCCGUCCUCUGCGCUCCACCCAAAGAUUUUGGCUCCGCACAUCGUUUAACUGACGGAGUCAACAGUCUGCUAUCGCCCAGGCUAAUAGAGUAGUCCCCAGCGACUACAAUUUUCAUUUGACGUGACUCAACUGAAAAAACUGCUUCAUGACAAGUGAACAUUUGAAUCUGGACUGUGGAUUUAAUUUGGAUUGUGGUGCAUUCCCUUCGUGGUGCAUCUCUGCUUUUACAGUGCAUUUUGUAGUAGUGUUGUAUUCUGUAGCCUAUUAUAGGCCCUACUGAUAAUAAAAUAGUUUGAUAGUCUAAAAAUG